AUGGACCCAGGGGCUCAUCAUAAUCCAUCACAGAGCACCCUCACACCAGUUUCGUCUUCCCGUAGACGUUCGCGAGAAAAUGAGACGCCCCAACAAAGGCAAAAACGAGAGAAAGCUGCGGAGCGGCAGCGCAGGAAACGCGAGCGUGAUCGUACUGUCAAUAACAUCAAUGCAAUAAUGGCAUUUACACAACCUACGGAUGCCCAGCCUCUUCCCCAGCCUCAGCCAUCUCAACCGCCCACUCCGACUUUUACCGGUCAAGAAAUGUCGCCCGAGGAACUUUCUAGGCGCGAAAGAGUCAGGGCCGCCGCCCGGGAACGGCAGCGUAAACACCGGAGUCUCGUUAAACAGCGAAAGAUGCGAGAGCUAGGCCUGGAUAUGCCCAAUGAUAUGAUGCAGGGGAUGGAAGAGUACAGAGUAAAUGGAGACGGCCAGUAUCAACAAGUGCUUCCCCAUGAGAUGCCGCACCCGCCGCAUCCAAUGAACCCGCAAGACCCAUCUUUCCCUCAAGCACCACCUCCACAACUUACUGGUGGACAAAAUUUUGCUUCGACGCUACUCCUAUCUUUUUCCUGCGCACCCCUUCUUAAGCAACAUCUUCUAAGGACAUUGGCGAUCACGAGCGAAGAACUCGCUUCCUUGGAACCAGUCAUAGCAGAAGCCUUUGAUCAAUGGGAUCAUCAACGUCGCAUGCACUACGCUCAACAAGCUGCAGCCAAAGCUGCAGAUGGCUCUAUUCCUGGACCAUCGACUGCCCCAUUCCCAAAUGUUGAUAUGGCCGACCCUGCUAGCAGUGGGUUUGGGGAACCUCCUCAGCCCCACCCCAGUGAAUUUCGUGCUCGAUUCCAUCGCCCUUUAGUGGCACCAUCCCCUUUCCGCAAUUUCAAUCCGGACACUUCUACGACUGCUACGACUUCCACGCCGACUUCAACCACGACCUCUGGACCUCCGUCAGACCCAAUAGAUCCACAUCUUACCGCCGUAACACCUGCUGACACCAGACAAAAGAGUGUGACAGCUUUGGAUCCAGACUUUGGACAAGCUAAAGGAGAGGCGGAAGGGGUAGCAGUAAGGUUGGAGAGGUCGUGA